CUUGAACCUGACCGCCACCGACGCAAGACCGCACGACACCUCACGUCUGACGACGAUUCCACGGCAACAACGACUCACGAUAACGACACCAUGUUUCCCAGAGGACCGCGGUUUCCAGCAGCCAAGAUACCUGAGGUCCCGGGACCCAAUGCAUAUAAUCCUCAAGAUCCGGAAUACGAUGCAUACAAACGAGGCGCAUUCCUCGAGAAGACGAAUCGUUUCUCCAAAGACAAACCGUCAGAAAUUCCCGGACCCGGUGCUUACAACGCAGAUGCGCCCUUAGCAAGUGGCAAGCCUGGCGGCAGCGGCCAGAAGACGUCAAGUGCCGAUCGGUACGCCGUCCUUCAACGGAAACUCGAAGACCUGGAACGCGUACAUACAGAGGGUAAGAAAGCUCAUGGCGCGGAAGUCGAACGGCUCAAGCUCGAACUGAACCGCGCACAAAGGUCGUCCACAGAACACUCCGAGCGCGCCGACAAGCUGAAGAAGCAGAAUGACGCCCUCGAGAACAGGGCUCAAGAGCUGAAGAAGACGAGCAUGACGGAGCAAAGCGAACUUCGUGAACUGCGUACAAAGCUGAAGGCAACGGAACAUGAGCGCACCCAGCUCGCUGCAAAGCAGGGCGAGGCGGGCGAGACGAAGAAGGCGCUGCAAGCCGCAGAGGCGCGGAGGAAAGACGAUGUCCGCGAGCGGGACAGGAAGAUCGUAGAGCUUGAGAAGGCUCUCGCCAGCGAGAAGAAGAGACGUGAGCUCGUGGAGGGGAAGCUCACGGAAGUGAAGAGCAGGGUCGACGCUGAAGUUAAUGAUGCCCGUGCGGCAACGACUCACCUCGAGACGCAACUCGAAAGCAAGAAGGCGGAAGCACACAGUACUAAAGCUGCCCUGGACGAUGCCAAGGUCCACGCUGCCGAGAGAGAAGAAGAGCUGUUGAAUAUGCUUGAGCAACACCGAGCCACUCUUAGCCGCGUCGCUCAUGAAUACGGCCAGCUCGCAUCGCGCAGUGUGUCGCAAACCGCGCACUCACGCAUCAAGCACGAAGCCGAUGUCCUCAAACUACGCGUUCACCGGCUGGAGCGCAAGCUCGCUAAUUCAGAAGGACAGGUUGUGGAGCUUGCCAACCUCAUUCGGCAGACGAAGGACGAGAACAGCUUCCUUGCCACUCAGUUGCGGGAGGCACAAAAGGAAGUGCUGCGUUACGCUGGCAUCCUGCGCGACACGGAGGACACUCACCUCGAAGACGCACCACUACAUCCAGAGCUCGAGCAGGAUGUGGAGCGCUUGGGUGCCGACCUCAGAGCAGCUGAACGGGCAAGCUUGGAGGCAAUCCGUUCAGACCUCCACACUUGGACACAGCUGGACCGCCUCAGGGCGGACGCCCUCCUAUUGAACGCCACCGUGCUCUUGAAGGCUGUAGACGAAGCCGACGAACAAGUCCGUCAGCGCAGCUCUGAGCUAUCCGCUUCGGAAGUAAAGCGCGACGAACUGCAGAAGGCAUUCGAUAUCAUGCGUACACAGCAUGCCGAUACGCAAGAGCAACUCGCACGGACAUCUGCUGCCUGCGAUGCGGCCAAGACAGCGGAAGCCGCGCUCCGGAAGCAGCUCGAGGAUAUGCGUGCGGCGAACCUCGCGGAGCUCUCCACGGCCCAACAAGCAUUGCAGAAGGAGAAGGACACGGUCCGCAAGUUCGCGACGACGGUGCAACAGCACCGAGCAGCGGAGGAGGCGCUACGCGCUGAGAUGGAUCAGAUGUCGGCGGAGCUUGCUGAGGCAGAGCGCUACCGCGAAGCCUAUGGACAGCUUGUCGAGGAGGUCGAUGCACUCGUAGCACGGAACGCGUUAGCAGAGAACGAAGCGAGCCGCUUGAGCAAGUUCAACGCGGAAAUUGUGGGACAUAACAACCCAGCGCAGCGUAUAAUGUACGUGGAUAGAAUCAGGAGGGAAUUGCAUGAGACCAAGCAGGAACUCCUGAUACUCACACGCGACCGAGAUGCGACGCAAGCUUACAACGAAGACUUGCAGCACGAACUCGACCUGUAUAAGUCCGUCGCUGUUCCUCCGGAAUUGAAGCCGCGGACGACAGUGACGCGGGUGGAGAGACUGCAGGUGCCCUCUGCGAGCAUCGGUUUGGGUGGCUCGCAGAAAAGCUCGAGCGAGCUGAACUCUAGGAGCACUUCGACAAUGGCCUCCAACAGGAAGCUUGAGCCAAUGCCAGAAGUGGACUACGAUACGCAGGGAGAGAUGACGCUGGACGAGAUCCUGUAGAGCUGUUAGGCAGUGGUCUCGGAUCUACCUUUUGAUUUAUCUUCGGUCGUGUAUAUUUAUGUGCCUCCUAACCGCAGAGCGAUAUUGAACCACCCAGGGAGC